AAGUGUUUGUUUGUCCGAGAGAUUUUUUUGUGAAAUUUCCAUAGCGGGCAUUGCGAAGCCAACGAUAGCGCAAGUUCUAACAUAGAUGUCGUUCUUUUAGAAACAACCACCUCAGAAAAAAUGGCAACAUCCACCGCCCUUCUCAGCCCGGAAAAGCAGCAGCAGCUGCAGGGGUUUUACGUCGUGCUUGCGAUCGGGUUUGUGUGCUGGCUGUCAAAAACGUUGUACGAGCAGCCCCUGUUUCCGCUCCAGCUGGAAAGCGUACCAUGGCUCGGGUCGUGGCUGUUUACCACCAUUUGCGACUACUACGUGCUCGCCUUCUGUCUCUCCACCAUCAUCUACAGCAGCGAGAGCAGCACGAUAGUGGCCGUCGUCUGGAUUCUGUGCGUGAAUUUGCUCGGGAGCGCCUUUUUCGCUUUGUACUUGCUGUUCCGAGUGUAUGGAACUGUCAGGAUCGAAAUCAACAAAAUCAAAAUAAGUAAUUUGCGAUGCAUAAACUCGAUACCAGUUGGAGCCGCAGUUUCCAAUUGGAGCAUGACAAAUUUCGGGAGCAACAAAAUCCAGCCUGUCAUGCUGUUUGGGCAAGGAAGACUGCUCCUGUCAUGCUACUCUGGCAGCGCAUCGCCUUCCCCUAAACAGGCUUGCAAUCGGUCUCAUUUGCCUGCUCCCCAACACAGGCCAUACGUGUCCUACAUCUUACGCAUUACAAAUUUUUCGACUUUGCGAAUUUCGAUUCUGACACAUCCAUAGAGUGCGGAAAUACGGCAGCGUGGCGCUGGCGGACCCGAAUGCGGAUUUGGACGGGAGCGGAAGAAGUCCUCUGUAUUGAGUUUUUGUUUGAUAGAUUUUGAUGCCAAGUUGUUUGGAAGCAGUUUCUACUUCGUCACCUUUGUACUAGCUGCAAUGAGGUUGUUAUAACAACCACGUUGAUUGUUCUUGACGUCAAUGAUUUUUCGUAGUUGUGUGCUUGUAUUCUCUGUUCAAGCACAAUUCAUAGGGCGGAAUGACAACUAAAGAAGGUUGAAAGCGACCUGAGAAGAGAACGCAUAUUACAAUGAAAAAUGUCCCCACCCCGGAAUUUGCAAAAGUUUCUCAUGCAAGGUUUCCAAAUGAAAGCUCUUUGUCUUGCAUGAAAGGACUACGAGCCUUUCUGAUGCAGAAUCUAGGUGCGCAAGGUAUCCUUUGCAUAACAGAUCCGGCAACUUUUGGGCUCCUUUGCAACACAGAUUUGAGCCAUUCAGCGUGGCAAAUUUGGUAUGCUGAUAUAUGCAAGACGGGGAGGGUUUCUAUUGGAAAGGCUUGCAAUACAAAUGCUGCCAGGUUCAGGGGUGGGGGCAAUUUUCAUGGUAAUGACGCAGCGAAGAACUGUUCAACAUCUGUCUCCACUUCCGACCCUUUCUUUCUGCAGAUUCAUUUGAGCACAUCGUUUUUACCGGCAUGAUACCUAAUCGCGGUGCUCCGGCUGCGGUGUGCUGGGUGGAGCUCAUGAGCUAGGUCAACAGCUGCAGUGGGUUCAUCUGGUGAUGGUGUUAAUACUGUAGCACGUGGUGGCUCCUGGGUCGCAUCUCGGUGGAACAAACAUCUUCGUGAGGCAUAACAACAGGACAAGCGAACAUGAGCCGCAUUGCAGAUUCGAAACGGCUGCUGGACGACGAUUCUUUGGAUUACAAUACGAGACGACCUCGUGUGAAGCACGUCUCGUCCGGAAGAUCAAGAAUGCGUGGCCUGUGAAGAGAAUGGAAAGAACACCAAUUGUACCUGGAUCUAUUAGUACUUGUCACAGUUGUUGUGCUUGUGAAGAGGAUGACUGUUGCCCCCCACUGCAUCAUCUGCCGACAUAAGUAUAUCGCAUGAGAAUGAUCUCCACUGGCCGCACAGCCAGUGCUAGUACUCCGUUGUUCCGAC